CGGCUGGGGGUGUCGGCAAGGCCUGGCCCGGCCCCCGAUGGCGCAGCGUAGUCGAUCGCCGGGCCGCCUGUGGCGGGGGCGGGCCCUGCGUUGCCGUCAGUUUGCGAGACAGCCGCGGCAAGGCUAACAACCGGGAGUGAUAAUCGCCAUAGUGACCGCUGACAGGUCGUGUCAGCUCAGACCCUGGGGACAAGGUGCAGACGGUAAAACCAGGCCGGAGCGCGCAGUUAACAUCUUCAUGUUGAAUCAGCUAAAAUGAAACUGCGUGUGCGUAUUCAAAGACAGAGAGGCUGGGUGGAGCUGGAAGAGAAGGAACCUACUCUCGGUGACCUGCGCAGUAAGAUUGCCGAUUCCUUUCUGCCAUCGCUAGGCUACAAUAGUGGUACAGAGUUUAAAAUCAGUUUAAAUGGGAAAGAUGUUCUGACUGAUGACCAGCAAACUAUGAAGUCUAUUGGAAUAGUCACUGGAGAUUUGAUCUGCUUGAUAGUACCAGAUUCCUCGACUGCCUCAGCCUCUGCCUCUGCAACAGACUUGAAUGUUAGGGAGCAACCAUCAUGCUCCCAUACUGCUCGGAAUCAGACCCUUGAGAAUAGUGUGGGUGGACUUCAGACCAGUCAUAAGGAUGACUCUCCCACAGUUCAACAGUCUGGAGCAAACUUCCUGAUUUCAUCAUCGGAUGACAUGUCUGUGACAGUUGAAGAAACAAAAUAUCCACGUGAGCCAAUGUUGUGCAGUGAAGCAACUGAUGGGCAGGUGCCACAUUCGUUAGAAACACUUUAUCACUCAGCUCAGUGUACUGACCCAAAAGACGCUCUGAUUGUGGUGCUUCACCUCCUCAUGCUGGAGGCAGGGUACAUUCCACAGGAUUCCAGUCUGAAGGUUGGCCAAAUGCCUGAAAAAUGGAAGAACGGAGGUCUUUAUAGAUUACAAUACAAUCAUUCCUUGUGUGAAGAUGGGUCUGCUACACUCAGCUGCAUCCCAAUGGGAAAUCUGGUUGUAGUCAAUGCUACAUUGAAGAUCAACGAGAAUAUCAAAAGUGUAAAGAAAGUGCAGUUAUCUCCCGUGUCCUAUGUUCGUUCAAAUAGACUAGGUGAGAAUGCUGCACAAGUGUAUAAAGAUCUACAGAAACUGUCCUGCAUGUUCAAAGAUCAGCUAGUGUAUCCUCUGUUUGCCAGUGCCAGACAAGCUUUGAAUCUUCCUGAUGUGUUUGGUCUUGUGGUUCUCCCUCUGGAACUCAAAUUACGAAUUUUCCGUCUGUUGGAUGUAUUCUCCAUCAUCUCUCUCUCAGCGGUUUGCCGGGAUCUUCAUACAGCUACCAAUGACCAAUUGCUUUGGAGAUUUCUGUACCUGAGGGACUUCAGAGAGUCAAGAACCAGCAGCCAUGAUUGGAAGAAACUCUACAAGGAAAAAUAUGCAAUGAGGAGAAAAACACUGCAAAGAUUUCCCUUGUAUUUGCCACCGGCUUUGCCCUUAUUUCCUGGUCAGCCCAGUCCCUUCAAUCCCUUUCAGUUUGAACCUCGCCAGUUUUAUCCACCUGGGAUCAUUGGAGGAGAAUACGAUGAGCAUCCUCAGCUGCCUUACAGAGGAGACCCUGUUAAUCGCUUUUUACCUGGAUCGGGAGCGAGAUCAGGACCAAUGCCAGGAACGUUGCCACCAUUCAGACCACAUUUUGACCCAUCAGAUUCUGUGCCAGGUCAGUUACCUGCAGUGCCUGGAUUUCAUGCCAGCAGAUUUCCAGGAAGAGCUUCUGGAGGCAGAUCAGCAAACAUAAGACGUGGAAUCAUUUAAGAACACUUCAUGGAAGCUUUUGGACUUUUCUUGUACGUGCUUAAAGGAUGGUUAGUUUCUGCAUCUUUAGCUUUUGUCAGUUUUUUUUUUCAAAAGAAUUGUAAAUAAUUAUGGUUGCACUUAGAUGGGUUGCUGAACUUGCACACAGUGUAUUUUCAUUUGCCGAUCCAAGCCUGAUGGGUGAAAUAAAGACUACAGAAAGUAUGGAAAAGAAACCUAAA